AUGGUCCCCUUGGCAUGGUCGAUUGAGCCCAAGAUGACAGGACAGCACAACGAUCGAUUUGUUCUCAGCAGUAGGACCGAGGAUAAGGACGCGAUAAUGUCCUCGCCCAUCACAACCGACGAUGAGACCAUCCUCAUUGCCUCAUCCAACAUAUCAUUAACGACAGUGUUUACCACCACCCCAGUAACAAAGAACCUCGUCCUUCAUCAACCGCAACACUACCCCCAUGCCUACCAGCGACACCAAAGACAAGGAAAAAUGUACGACCCAACAAAAGAUCUCAUGGAUACCCUCCCACCCGAGAUCCUCGAUCAUAUCCUCUUCUCCUUGGACAGGUCAACUAUCUUGCAAUGCUCGGUACUGUCGAGACGGUGGAGUCGGAGGGUGAUGCCUCAUUUGUGGUAUCGGCCAUGGAUGAAGUAUUAUAUUUCUUGGAUGAAGCUCUUGCAGACUGUGAGUGGUGCGAGGAGCGGUGGGGGUGGAAGAGGUGGAAGUGGAGGCAGUGGGCAAGAGCAGCGGGAUGGAGGGAUGAUGAGGAUUGAGGGCACGAAUCCACAAGCUGUUGCUGUUGGGCUUAGGUUGACAAAUCAGGAAGAACGGGAGAAGCAGCAACAGCAGCAGCAGGAUGAUGAUGAUAAGGAGGAGAGAGAGGAUCAUGCUGGUCGAGGAAGAGAUGGAAUCAUGGCACAAGUAUCCCUCAACUCACGAGAACAAGGAGAAGCAACAACUCCCUCCUCCUUCUCCCCCACCAUCCCCACAAAACCACCUCUCACACCCUUCACCUACGGUGCAUUCAUCAAAAUCCUAGACUUUUCCCAACUCCACUACAUCCUCUCCGACACCUUCCUCUCCUAUCUCCUCCAUCACUCCCCUUCCCUCCAACAACUCAUCAUCGAUUCCCCAAAGCAGCUCUCGGACGAUUCUCUUUUCACACUAGCAGAGCAUUGUUGUAACCUGGUACGGUUAGAGUUGUUGGGAUGUGUGAGGGUGUCGGAUAAGGGGAUGGAGGCUGUAUUUGAGAGGUGCUGGAAGUUGAGGACGGUUGUUCUUUCAAAUGUUGUUGGUAGCGAGGAGGUUGGUGGAGAUGGGGUAGGGAAUAGCUCGAAGGCUUCAUCGUCGAAUCAUAGUCUGACACUGACUCACAAGACCAUCGACCACCUCGCCGUCACCUCCCCACCCUCCAAGAACUCCACCACCACCACUAUCGUCAGGAAGCUCCACACGCUGAACCUAGCAAACGGUCUUCGAUUCCCAACAUCCGGCGAGAUCGACUCUGCCUCGUCCCAAUCACUCUCAAACCUCCUCAGAACUUACUCCACUACACUCGUAUCCCUCAACCUCUCUUUCUGCGGCCUUGCCGUAACCGACACCGUCCUCCUCCAAUUCUCCUCCGCUGUCCAGCAGUCCCUACUACUACCCCUCCAGCACCUCAACAUUGCAUUCUGUUUCGACGUCACCGACAUUGGCCUAGUAUCCAUCUCCGAAGCAUGUCCCGACCUACAAGUCCUUGAUAUCACAGGGUUGACCCAAGUAUCUGACAAGUCCAUCCUGGCAAUUGGACAGGGCUGCAUGAAAUUCCGGCAGUUGGUCAUGGUUGAUGAGCGGCACCGGUCAAAUCCUGGUGGUUCUGUGGGACAAGAAGGAGGAGGAGGAGGAGGAGGAGGGGGGGCACAGUGGAGUAGUCAGAACCCAUUGAUCACCAAUGACGUCUUGAACAGGUUCCCGUGGGGAGUGAGGGUUGUCCAGCGACGGGAUGAACUCCUCGGUCAGAGAAAGUCUCCUCGCAUCUUUUAA